AGCCGCCUGAUGCGUUGAUUCUACAUCUCGAACCGCCCAUCAUGAUCGAUACCACCGGAUCCCAACCUAGCGAGUACGAUACAUUGCAAGUGCCAGUCUACAACGUUACGUCGAGAGAUAUGCGUCUGCUAUUGUCGCACGCCGAGCUGGACCCCGAUCCAGAUUUUGAGUACAACUUCGCUCGAAAAGCCCUCUGGUGUGCAGAUGGUUCGAGUGCGUUGUUGCAGUGCGAGAACAGGUCGUUCCAAAUAAUUCAGACAUCCCCUGGCGAACAAGGUGAGAUAAUAAACGAUGUUAAUUCAACUGUAUACAUGACUAUCUCCUUCCUCAAACCAGGUUGUUUCGCUUUGAGCCAUGCCCUUACGCUCCGUCAGCCAUCCCCGAUCGUAGAUUUCUUGUGGUAUCCCAGUGCGCUGAGACGAAAUCCUGCCACAUACUGUUUCGUUGCCUCGGUGCGCGAAUGUCCCGUUAAGCUAUUGGAUGGCAAUGAUGGCAGGCUCAGAGCAUCCUACCCUAUCGUUGACCAUCGCGAACGCCAGAUCGCACCUCACAGUUUAUUAUUUAAUCUCACUGCGGAUAAGUUGUACUGCGGCUUCCAAGAUGAGAUUGAGAUAUUUGACAUCCACAGACCAGGGGAGGGUAAGAGAUUGCAUACCAGACCUUCAAAAAAGAGUAAGGAGGGGCUAAAGGGCAUUGUGGCGGCACUUUCCUUUUCUCCAACAGGCACCUAUUUUGCGGCUGGCACCCUCACGCCGGCGUCUCCUGCGGCUGACAAUAUCGCAUUGUAUGACGGAUCAGAAGGUAUGCAAGUCCUGUCGGUAGGCGGCGUCUGGACACGUGAGAGUGGUGGAGUCAUGCAGGUGCUCUCGUUUAAUUUCAUGUUUGCGACGGUGCGCUCAUUUGUAUUCGCUGAUCUGUACGCUUCCUUUAGGCGGAGUGAUUGUGUGUGGGCGUGGGACCUACGCAAUGCUUCAGCCCCUGUUUGCCGUUUCGAGCCGGAGGAAGUGAUGCCGAUAAGGGCCCCGGGCAGCAGUGGCUGGAACAAUGACGCCGGUGUACUAAAAUACAAUCGGACUAACCAGAAGAUACACUUUGACAUUGAACACGGCGGACGUUGGAUGGGAAAGGGGGAUCAGGUAGGGAACAUUGCAAUAUACGACCUUCAUGCCAACCACCACCUCGUGGAGACAGGCAUGGCUAGAGUUUCUGGUUUUGGAACUGGCAACACAGAAAACGAUCCGAUGAAUGUCAUCCGGCCAGUUCAGGAGUUCAAGGCUCACGCAGACGCCAUCGGCAGUGUGACGUUCCACCCCUUACUUCCAGUCCUCCUAUCUGUCUCAGGAUCCCGACACUUUGAUGCCGAGGCUAGUCCCCACGUUUCCUUCACAGGAAGUGAGGGCAACGCACACUCAGACUCGGACUCGGCCUCAGAUAGCGGUGAAGGUGAAGGAGCUCAAUGCUGGAAACGGCCCUGUGGUGUCAUUGAACGUCGCAGGGCGCGUCCACAGCCGACAGUGCGCGACGCGUCGAUAAAGCUUUGGUAUCUUGGUGUCGAGAACAAUACAUGAAGCGCAGCAGUCAAAACAAUUUCUCAAAUGUCAUAUGUCAACACUUCUGACUACUGAGGGUAUAUCAUGACGCUUCUCGUCCACCGCUGGGUAGAGGGUUGAUGUUAAUUGGCUUGAUUUCGUGGGGUAUACAGAUGUGUCUAUUUCACAUUUAAGCACCUACCACACAAACUCGAUGAUCCGCCUGAGGAACGCCUACGUUAUUGGUUUCUUAUAUACUUGUUCAUUGUAGUGGACGGAACGAAUAAUCUUGGUGGGGGCUCUGUCAUCUCUGGAAUGGUAAAAUGAUGAUUGAUAAGUGUGCUAACGCAAUCUCAUAAGAAAUCACCCAGGAAGGGUUGACAUAUGUGAUCACCAGGGUGCACAUUGUAAUGCUAUUCAACAUUGUGUGUGGGUCGCUCCGUGUGUCAGUUAUC